CUGCUCUGAUUUCAUUGAACGGCGAGUGGGUUUAUGGACGCGAUGGAAGAAGAACUGAAAUGCCCGGUUUGCGGUUCUCUCUUCAAGGAGCCGAUUAUUUUACCGUGCUCUCAUAAUGUCUGCCUGGCGUGUGCUCGGAAUAUCAUCGUGCAGACUCCGGAGGGAGAGACCCCUCCGCAGAACCGAUGCUCCGGCACCUCGGACUAUGACUAUUUGGAUAUGGACAAGAUGAGCAUGUACAGCGAGACGGACAGCGGGUACGGUUCAUACACGCCGUGCCUGAAGUCUCCCAACGGAGUGCGUGUGUUCCCGCCGGCACUGGUCCACCGCCACUGCUCCAUCACCUGCCCGCUAUGCCACCGCAGCGUGUCCCUGGACGAGCGGGGGCUCCGGGGAUUCCAGCGCAACCGACUGCUGGAGGCGAUCGUGUCCCGCUACCAGCAGAGCCGCGCCGUCUCCGUCAAAUGCCAGCUGUGCGACCGCAAUCCGGUGGACGCCACGGUGAUGUGCGAGCAGUGCGAUGUGUUCUACUGCGCUCCGUGCCAGCAGCGCUGCCACCCUUCCCGCGGACCGCUGGCCAAGCACCGGCUGCUGCCGCCGACUCAAGCGCAGGCGGGGAACGCGCAGCCGGCCGGCGCCUCCGCGCGCAAACAGGCAACUUGCCUGGAUCACGAAGCCGAGAACUACAGCAUGUACUGCGUCAGCUGCAAGACCCCCGUAUGCUACCAGUGUCUGGAGGAGGGCAAACACGGCAAACAUGAUGUGAAGCCCCUGGCCGCCAUGUGGAAACAACACAAGUGUCAGCUGUCCCAGGCGUUGAAUGGAGUGUCUGACAAAGCCAAGGAGGCCAAGGAGUUCCUGGUGCAACUGAAGAACUUGCUUCAGCAGAUACAGGAGAAUGGGGUUGAAUUUGAGGCAUGUCUGGUCGCUCAGUGUGACUCUCUGAUUGAAGCGCUCACUCGGCAGAAGGCCAAACUGCUCACCAAGGUCACAAAGGAGAAAGAGAGUAAGCUAAAGACUGUUAAGGAUCAGAUAACUCACUGCACCAUGAAGCUCCGGCAGACCACAGGAAUGAUGGAAUUCUGUCUGGAGGUUAUUAAAGAGAACGAUCCCAGUGGAUUCCUACAGAUCUCAGAUGCGUUGAUCAAGCGUGUCCAGGCGUCUCAGGAACAGUGGGUAAAAGGUGCAUUGGAGCCAAAGGUCUGCCCAGAAUUCGCCUUGACCGUCAACACAGACCCUCUGAUGCAGUCGAUCCUCCAGCUGGACUUCACCCAGAAUAAAGAUGGUCAGGAGGCUGCUUUAUUGAAACAAAUGCAUGCAGGUGACCAGAAAGUGGAGGAGAGCACAGGAGCGGAGUCCCCCACAGUGCCUCCUGCACCGCUGUUGCAGUUGGAAAAAUGCUGCAUGUGGAAUAACAGCGCCACUCUGGCCUGGAGGAUAACUAUGGUCCAAGCCCUGCCUGUAGAGGGUUACGUGCUGGAGCUGGAUGAUGGAAAUAGCGGGCCUUAUCGGGAGGUGUAUGUUGGGAAAGAGACCAUCUGUACAGUGGACGGCCUUCAUUUCAACAGUUCAUACAACGCUCGAGUCAAAGCAUACAACUCUGCUGGCGUGGGAGCGUACUGCAAGGUUGUUGUUCUGAAGACAUCUGAUGUGGCAUGGUUCACCUUUGACCCUACCUCAGCUCACAGAGACAUUGUCCUGUCCAAUGAAAACCAGACUGUGACUUGUAACAGUUACGAUGAUCGCGUGGUGCUCGGGACGGCUGCCUUCUCCAAGGGCGUUCAUUACUGGGAACUUAGUGUGGAUCGCUAUGACAACCACCCCGACCCCGCAUUCGGUGUGGCCCGGAUUAAUACGAUGAAGGACAUGAUGCUAGGGAAGGACGAUAAGGCUUGGGCCAUGUAUGUGGACAACAAUCGCUCCUGGUUCAUGCACAACAACUCCCAUACCAACAGGGCUGAGGGUGGCAUCACAAAGGGUUCGACUGUGGGGAUUCUGUUAGACCUGACAAAACAUACCCUGACCUUCUUCAUCAACAAGCAGCAGCAUGGACCCGUGGCUUUCGAGAACUUGGAGGGUGUGUUCAUGCCCGCGGUUAGCCUCAACCGCAACGUCCAGGUGACUCUGAUCACAGGUCUGGAAGUCCCAAAGAGCAUCAUGUGAUCAUCUUGAACCAAUGAGAACAAGCCAGACCUUUCUUGUCAAACAAAUCAGUGAUCUUAGACUGCACUGACAUAUAAAGCUGAUAUUAAUAAUAUUUUUCCCCCUCAUGGUCAUAUGGGUGAU